GCCACUCAAGCGCUCAUUACAAAAGUAAAAUAGAAAUAAAAUUAAUAAAUUGAAAUGGCUGUUUCAGCUGAAAUUGGAAGAUUGGUGGACCAGGGAAACUAUCUGAUGCCGGACAUCAACAUCUGUCAAAACGACUUGGCCAAUCCCACCGAGCAAAUUGUCACCAAAAUAUUUGUGCACUAUCUGCGUGCUUUCGGGUUCCGCCUGGAGCCUCCUUAUAGGAUUGGAUGCGAUCUCGCGAACUCGUCGCGGGAAGCGCGCAUUUUCCUAAUCAAAGUGUGCCGCCAAGUAGAGCGCAUACUUCACAUUACCUUUCCAAACAAAACCUAUACCUAUGUGGAUAUACUCAAUCCAGCAGUGAAAAAAACAUUGUCCAUCCUAAGCUGCCUUUUUAACUACCUGGCAUACUAUAAAAUGUUCAAGAAGAAUGUUCUGGUACCCGUGGAGGAGGACAUCAAACUGAAGAACUCUCUGACAGCUGAAGUCAAAGCCAAGAUUCAGCAAUUGCAACAGUGCAAGCAGAAGACACAGGAAAGCGAGGUGGCCAUUGACCAGCUUAAGAAAGAAUUGCAGGAUACCGAAGCAAAGCUCCUUCCCAUAAAAAAAUCCUGCAUCGAAAAGAGCAAUGCCCUUGAACUCCUCGAUCAACAGCAGACGGAGCUGGACAAACGCAUAGAUCACUGGGAGCAGCUGGUUGUAAAAGACGAUCAAGUGAACGAACUACGAGAAAAAAUCAAGAGCUCAUCCUCGCACAUCGAAAGCUGCAAGGCCGAAUUGGCCAGCAAAGAGCAAGUGGCCAACGAACACUGCCGGAUUAUUGAAACUAGCCAGCAAAUAGUCACUGCUCUGGAGAAGGCCACGGCUGUAAUUCCUUUAAGCAAAUUGGAGGAUUACAAAGAGAGUUCAAAGAAGCUGGAGGCGAUAGAGAAGCAGGAGCACACCUUGAGGACCAAUUACCAGGAGCGUCGCCAGGAUGUAGAGGCCAAGAAGCAGGAACUAUCCCUUUGCGAUCAGCAGUACGAGGUCAUGAAGCAGAAACACGAUGUGGAGAAUGAAAAGCUUCAGAAGGAACUUGAAAAGCUGAAGGUAGAUUGCGAGAAGCGCGAUAAAGGCCUGGAAGAUCUUAAUAACCGCCUGUUAGAGAUCGACCAGAAGAAUUCUGAGCAGGAGAAGCUUCAUGCCAUUUUUUGUGAGCAGCUCUCUGAUGCUCUCGGGGAAUACUGGCAGUUGAGUUCAACUUAAUAUACUGAUUUUAUUCUAUAAACUG